AUGCCAUAUGAGAUAGCCAUCCAAAUAGAUGAUGGCGUUAGCUUGUUAUCGAAUCCCAAUUCCGUUCGUACUCUCAAGGAAGACAGGGGAAAACCUGAGAACGACGGCCUCAUUCAAGCUCCUUCUGCAGUUUUGAGUGAUCAGCUGCAAAGAAUGAAGAAACGUCAAUUUGAGAUUAUGUGUCAGGAGGAAAUAAGGAACGACAAUCACUCACAGUUACCAGACAGCGUCCCUCCAUCGCUGCCAUCUGCAGCUGUUCAAACAGCCGAAGAGAAAUUCGACCAGGAGCGGCAGUGUCUCGAAGCGGAGCUUGAUCAGCAAUUGCAAACUACUGGCAUGAUGCAUCCAGAUGUUGCUUUGACAUACAACAAACUUGCACAACUCUAUGAGAACGAAGGAAGAUAUGAUGAAGCCAUGGAACUGUGUCAAAAGAGACUAGAAAUUGAGAAGGAAGUGUUCGGAUGCAGUGAUCACGAGCGAAUGUCUUCUACGUAUCAUAAUAUCGGAUACGUUCUGGAAAGGCAAGGCAAGCAUCCUGGAGCCAUGAAGUACUACAAAACUGCUCUUGCAAUCAAGUUGGAGGCACAUGGACCCAAGCAUCCAUCAACUGCAGCAACAUACCAUAACAUGGGAAACGUCUUGCGUCUUCAAGGUAGCUAUGAGGGAGCCAUGGAUAUUUACAAAAAAUCUCUAGAGAUCAAGUUGAUAGCAUAUGGACCUGAGCAUCCUUCAACCGGAGCAACGUACCAUGAGAUGGGAAUCGUUAUGAGCAAUCAAGGCCACUAUACCAAGGCCAUGCGCUAUUUCGAAAAAGCCCUCGCGACUGACUUGAAGGCACAUGGGCCUGAGCAUCCCGAUACUGGAGUCACGUACCAUGCGAUAGGAACCGUUUUGCGCAAUCAAGACAGAUACGAGGAAGCCAUGCAGUAUUACCGAAAAGCUCUUGCAAUUGAUUUGAAGGCACAUGGUUCCGACCAUCCAUCGACUGGAGUCACGUACCAUGCGAUAGGCAAUGUCUUGCGCAAUCAAGGGAGCUCCGAGGAAGCCAUGGAGUACUACCAAAAAGCUCUUACAAUAAAGUUGAAGGCACAUGGACCCGACCAUCCAUCGACUGGAGUCACGAUCCAUGAAGCAGGAAAUGUCUUGCGUAAUCAAGGCAAAUAUUCAAAAGCUAUGGAGUACUAUCGCAAAGCGCUGGCAAUUGAUUUGAAGGCCCAUGGACCCGAGCAUUCGUCGACCGGAGCAACAUACCAUGACAUGGGAAACGUAUUGCGCCUCCAAGGCGACUAUAUGAAAUCCAUGGAGUACUAUCGCAAAGCGCUCGCAAUUGAUUUGAAGGUACAUGGGCCUGAACAUCUAUCGACUGGAAUAACGUACCAUGCGAUGGGAAAAGUCUUGCGAAAGCAAGCCAACUACGAGGUUGCCUUGGAGUACUUCCAGAAAGCUCUUGCCAUUCAACGCCAAAAUCUUGGAGAGAGGCAUCCAAGCAUUGCUGUGAUAUACUAUUGGAUUGCCAAAGAUUCGAUGCACCGUGGCAUCGAAGGAGAUGCCAUGGAUAAGUUGAAUAGUGCCAUUGAGAUUCAGAUGGAAAAUUCACAACAGGAUCACCCAGAUCUCGCCAAAAUCUACAUCACCAAGGCUGACCUAUUGAAGAAUCAAUCAAAGUAUAGUGAUGCAGAGGAAACCUACGACAAGGCCCUUGGAAUUCGAAGGAGGUUAUUUGGUGACGGACACCCACUUGUGGAUGCAGUCGUGCAAAAGAAGACUAAGCUACCAAAAGCAAACGUUUGA